CCGGAGGUGGGGUCGGCGCCCUGGGCGGCUCGGCGCUUAGGAGGCGAUGGCGCCGGCGGUGUCCAAGCUGUGGGCCGAGGCCCGGUUCGGGGCGCUCCCUCGGCGGGCGCUCGCCCAGUACCUGCUCCUCCUGCGGCUGUACCCGGUGCUCACCAAGGCGGCCACCAGUGGCGUUUUGUCAGCACUUGGGAACUUCCUCGCCCAGAUGAUUGAGAAGAUGCGGAAAAAAGGAAACUCUGCAAGUCUAGAUGUCAGCGGGCCUCUCAGAUAUGCUGUUUUCGGCUUCUUCUUCACAGGGCCGCUGAGUCACUACUUCUACCUCUUACUGGAGCACUGGAUCCCUUCGGAGGUUCCCUUGGCGGGAGUCAGGAGGCUCCUCCUGGACCGCCUCCUUUUUGCCCCGGCCUUCCUGCUGCUGUUCUUCCUCAUCAUGAACCUUCUGGAGGGGCAGGAUGCCGUGGCUGCGGUGGCUGCGGUGCGCGUGCACUUCUGGCCGGCGCUGACGAUGAACUGGAGGGUCUGGACGCCCGUGCAGUUUGUCAACAUCAACUACAUCCCGCUGCAGUUCCGGGUGCUUUUUGCCAACCUGGUGGCUCUGUUCUGGUACGCCUACCUGGCCUCUCUGGGGAAGUGAGGACGGCAAGGGAGAAGGUCAGACACUGUGGACAGGGGUCUGGGGGAGCCUCGCCUGCGCAGAGAACAGAA